UAUAAAAUCGGUCGCUCCAGUUAGUUGAAAAGCAACUGAAGGAACCAUUAUACAAUGCGGUUUUUUGUUUGUUUAUUUCGUAAGUUUAAUGCUUCCUUUAUGUGGGGUUUUGAGUAUGCGGAACUUCGUGCAGACUGAAGAUGAUCAGAAGGAGGAGUAGGGUGUUGUGAAGGCAGGUUGUAACUGACCGAACCACUCGUUUAUCCAGUAGGGAGGAGGACACACGCAUUUCCAUCAUUUACUACGCUGUCAACCAGUCACUCAGUGACAAGCCCUCCCAUUUAUUGUUUGUGUCCGGCUUUUUAAAUGACCAACCGUAACCUUGAGAAAACACGGCAUAAUUCACAUAACCAACCCUUCUUAUCCAGUCCCUGUGACCGAGAGAGGCAUUGAAGACACAGGCCGUCGUCUUUGGCAGUUGGUUUCACAGCGAACGUUAGCGGCUAGCAGGCUAAUGUGAGCAGGUUUGCCUGUAGUGAAUGGACAUAAUGAUGACAAAGGAUCUGAAUUUCAGCUACAAACCUCCUGUGAUGAAAAUACACCAUUGACACAGAAGGGAACAUAUAUCCUGGAUGUCUUGACAUACAGGAUUUUAAUAUUCCAAAAUGGAGAAAAAGAAAAUAUGCCCACGUCUUCUUGACUACUUAGUGGUUGUUGGAGCAAGGCAACCAAGUAGUGACAGUGUGGCCCAGACUCCACAGCUUCUCCGACGUUACCCCCUGGAGGAUCACCACGACUUCCCGCUCCCGCCGGAUGUGGUGUUCUUCUGCCAACCAGAGGGCUGCCUGAGCAUCCGCCAGCGGCGGGUCAGCCUGCGUGAUGACUCCUCCUUUGUUUUCACGCUGACCGACAAGGAUUCUGGAACCACCCGCUACGGAAUCUGUGUCAACUUCUAUCGAUCUUUUCAGCGCGGGCAUCACCGCCCUCGUGACAAGAGUAACCAUACAGAGACUGCAGUACAGGCAGGGGAGAGUACUAAUGAAGCGUCUGGUGGAGGCCAUGUUGCUGCAUCAUCCGCACCUGAUAACUCCAAGUCUGAAGCCCCGUCUUCAUCCGGAGAAGAGAGUGGGCAACCAGGUCCUGAGCAAACCCUUGGCAAGUCUCCACAGCACAAACGCAGAGCUGCCAAGAUUGCUGCCAGGAACCGCAACAGUACGCUGACCUCGCUGUGCAUAAUCAGCCACUACCCCUUCUUUACCACUUUUAGAGAAUGCUUAUAUAUUCUCAAGAGGCUGGUGGACUGCUGCAGUCAGAGGCUAACCCAACGAGCGGGACUGUCUCGUGCCACGCAAAGGGACACCAUGUGGCGGGUGUUUACCGGAGCGCUCUCUGUGGAAGAGAAGGGCAGUCAGCUGCUGGUCGACCUACGGGAUAUUGAGUCUUGGGUGUACCGACUGCUGCGGUCCCCGGUGCCACUGGCAGGUCAGAGGCGCGUGGAUGUGGAGGUGCUGCCCCAGGAACUGAAACGGCCACUCACCUUCGCCUUGCCUGACAACUCUCGUUUCUCCUUGGUUGAUUUCCCGCUGCACCUGCCUUUGGAGCUGCUGGGUGUUGACGCUUGUCUUCAGGUCCUCAGCUGUGUCCUGCUGGAGCACAAGGUCAUUCUUCAAUCACGUGACUACAAUGCUUUGUCCAUGAGUGUCAUGGCCUUUGUUGCUAUGAUCUACCCCCUGGAGUACAUGUUCCCCGUUAUCCCGUUGCUCCCUACAUGUAUGGCUUCUGCUGAGCAGCUUCUCCUCGCUCCCACUCCCUACAUUAUCGGUGUUCCAGCCAGCUUCUUCCUUUACAAAGCGGAUUUCAAAAUGCCAGACGAUGUUUGGCUUGUUGACCUCGACAGCAGUAAGGUUAUAGCACCCACCAAUGCAGAGAAUCUGCCCCCUCUGCCAGAGCCUGAAGCAAGCGAGCUAAAGAAGCAUCUAAAACAGGCAUUGGCAAGCAUGAGUUUGAACACACAACCUAUUCUGAACCUGGAGAAGUUCCAGGAAGGCCAGGAGAUGACCCUGCUCCCUCCAGGACGAGACAAGGCUUCGCCAUCCUCCACUGAGUUCAACCCUCUGAUAUACGGCAAUGACGUUGAUUCCGUUGAUGUGGCCACCAGGGUUGCCAUGGUGCGAUUCUUCAACUCUCCCAAUGUCCUCCACGGCUUCCAAAUGCAUACGCGUACUUUGCGGCUCUUUCCACGACCAGUGGUUGCUUUUCAGUGUUCGUCUUUUCUUGCGUCUCGCCCACGCCGCUCCUGCUUCGCCGAUAAACUGUCCCACACCCAGGCGGUAGAAUUCUAUGGAGAGUGGGCACUCAAUCCCACUAACCUUGCUUUUCAGAGGAUACACAACAAUGUAUAUGAUCCAUCUUUAAUUGGAGACAAGUCAAAAUGGUAUGCUCAUCAGCUGCAGCCAGUGAUCUACAGAGUCUAUGAUGGAAGCUCCCUGCUGGUGGAAGCCAUGGCUGGUCCAUUGGAAGAUGAAGGCAAUGAGUCUGAUCCUACAGACAGUGGUAGUGACAGUGAUGGAUAUGAUGACUCCAGCUCUUCCUAUUCAUCACUUGGGGACUUAGUGAGCGAGAUGAUUCAAGGCGACAUCCAGGGGGAUACACCAAGUUUGGAUCCUCCAACUCAUGCUGCUCUAGGCGACGCCAGUGAGGUAGAGUUUCAAGACUUGCACGAUUUAAAAGAUAGCCUUAGUGUGGAUGGUCCUUCUAGUGGGGAAGGAGCUGCUGAACAGUCAGACGGACAGCCUCUUCGUUCAAGCUCCAGCACAACUGCAAGCUCAAGCCCUAGCACAAUCAUCCAAGGAGUCAACCAUGAACAAGCUGAAGCACCUGAGAUUGAAGCAUCAGCAAACGCCGCUUUGCAGAACCCAGUCCCUGGAAUCGGCAGUCAGCCGUUUCUCAGACCAGCAGCAGAUUCUGGUCUGGUGGAUUCUGUCAACAAAAAGCAAGAGUAUGACAACCCAUAUUUUGAACCUCAGUAUGGCUUCCCCACUGAGGAAGAUGCGGAAGAAGAGCAAGUGGAAUCCUACACCCCUCGGUUCAACCAGAACCUCAAUGGCAACAAGGCUCAGCGGCCUUUACGUCCCAGCAGCCUGAGGCUCCCAGGAGAGUCUGAUGGAGAGGGAGAUUCGCGCAACAGCUCCCCCAAUUCCACCAUCUCCAACAGCAGCAAUGAUGGAUUUGGUGGACUUAUGUCUUUUGCCAGUAAUCUUUACAAGAACCAUGGUACCAGCUUCAGCCUGUCCAAUCUGGCCCUUCCCAACAAAGCAGCCCGGGAGAAAUCAACACCUUUUCCCAGCCUGAAAGUAUUUGGGCUAAAUUCUCUAAUGGAGAUAAUUACAGAGGCCGGCCCGGGGAGCGGAGAAGGGGCACGUGCACCCCGAGCACUUGUGGACCAAAAGUCUUCAGUGAUCAAACACAGCCCGACUGUGAAGAGAGAAUCUCCCUCACCGCAAGGUCGGAUCAACAACACAAGUGAGAACCAGCAGUUUUUAAAGGAAGUGGUGCAGAGUGUUCUGGAAGGACAGGGCGUCGGCUGGCUUAACAUGAAAAAGGUUCGCCGACUUCUGGAGAACGAGCAGCUCCGCGUCUUUGUGCUGAGUAAGCUGAACAGAGCUGUCCAGUUGGAGGAAGACGCCAGACAGGAGAUUAUACGUGAUGUGGAGGUGAACAGAAAAGUUUACAAAGGCAUGUUGGACAUCCUGAAGUGCACGGUUUCCAGUCUGGAGCAUUCUUAUAGCUGUGCUGGUCUUGGAGGAAUGGCUAGUGUCUUCAGCCUGCUAGAAAUAGCACGCACACAUUAUCAAACCAAAGACCCAGAAAAGCGCAAGCGAAGUCCCACAGACAGUGCUGGCAGCCCGGGGAGUAAAGAGAGUCCUUCUGGUCGUAUGGAGACAGCCAGACCUCAGGGCCUCCUGAAUAUCCCCCAGCUCCACCUGCCUCACCACACCACGGGCAAAGGAGCCCGCCAUUUUGAUACCCGAAGUCUGAACGAGGAGAACUUUAUUGCCUCGAUUGAAUUGUGGAGCAAGCACCAGGAUAAGCAAAAAGCUAUGGAAAAACAACAGAGGGCUGAAGGAGCAAAGCAGCAGCGCCCGCAGGUGACUGACGCAGAGGAGAAGAAAUCACAGAUCAGUGCUGAUAGUGGCCUCAGUGUCGCAUCUGGUUCUCAGAAGAGUGACACGGAGUCUGUAACAAGUACAGAGCCACCGAUCCUCACAAGGAGCACCAGCCAGGACUCGGAGGCCAGCACAGUGAUUAGCAAUAGCUCUGGUGAGACUCUUGGAGCCGACAGUGACCUGAGCAGCACAGCAGGAGAUGGUCUUGGAGGGAGAGCUGCUCCUCAUUUGAAUCAGUCCAGAGGAACUCUGUCUGACAGCGAGAUUGAAACCAAUCCAGCCACAAGCUCAGUCUUUGGAAAAACUCACACUCUUAAACCAGGUACAAAAGAUCAUUUACCUGCGAUGGUCAAAGGGCCUCCUGUUCAACCGAUGGAGGACAUCAGUAUGAGGAUUUAUUUGUUUGAAGGUUUGCUGGGGCGGGAUAAGAGCUCCGUUUGGGAUCAGCUAGAGGAUGCGGCCAUGGAAACCUUUUCUCUAAGUAAAGAGCGCUCCACCCUUUGGGAUCAAGUGCAGUUCUGGGAGGAUGCCUUCUUAGAUGCUGUGAUGUUGGAGCGCGAAGGAAUGGGGAUGGACCAGGGACCUCAGGAAAUGAUUGAAAGAUACUUGUCAGUUGGAGAGCACGAUCGCAAGCGUCUGGAGGAUGAUGAGGACAGACUCUUGGCCACCCUUCUGCACAACAUGAUUGCUUACAUGCUAAUGAUGAAAGUGAACAAAAAUGACAUCAGGAAGAAAGUGAGACGUUUGAUGGGCAAAUCUCACAUCGGACUCGCAUACAGCCAAGAGAUCAACGAGAUACUGGACAAACUGGCCCAUAUGAAUGGUCGUGAGCUGUCCAUCAGGCCGAGUGGAAGUCGUCACAUCAAGAAACAAACAUUUGUUGUUCAUGCUGGCACUGAUACAACAGGAGACAUCUUCUUUAUGGAGGUUUGUGAUGACUGUAUAGUCCUGCGCAGCAACAUCGGUACGGUUUAUGAGCGCUGGUGGUACGAGAAGCUCAUCAAUAUGACGUACUGCCCCAAAACCAAGGUGUUGUGUCUGUGGAGACGUAAUGGCCAAGAGACGCAGCUCAACAAGUUCUAUACCAAAAAGUGUCGUGAGCUCUACUACUGUGUCAAAGACAGCAUGGAAAGAGCUGCAGCAAGACAGCAAAGCAUUAAACCAGGCCCGGAGCUUGGCGGUGAAUUCCCCGUCCAGGACAUGAAAACCGGUGAAGGUGGACUGCUUCAGGUUACGCUGGAAGGGAUCAACCUGAAGUUCAUGCACAGCCAGGAGCGGAAGGUUUUCAUAGAGCUGAGUCACAUUAAAAAGUGCAAUACAGUGAAGGGAGUCUUUGUCCUGGAGGAAUUUGUUCCUGAAACUAAAGAAGUGGUGAUCCACAAGUACAAGACCCCCAUGGCACAUCAGAUCUGUUACUCUGUCCUCUGCCUCUUCUCCUACGUGGCGGCUGUGAAGGGGAAGGAAACGGAAGGAAAACCCAAGCUGCUCUCACCAAGACCCCUGCCCAGCUAGUCAACACCUCCUGCUCCCCUCCACUCUCUUAACCUCCUUCCUCAUCCUUGGUGUGCCUCUCUACUUGAACUUCAUCUCUCUUUAAUCAGACAAUCCCCAAAUUUAAAUCUAAGCACACAAUCCCUGUUCCCCCUCCCUCCUCCUGUGUAAAUAUGAGCCUCUGAUCCUUUAUAAAUCCAUGUGUAGACAUGUUUGGUCCUUGAUGUCGUGUAAAUAACUCCAAACAUUCUCUGUUGUUGUCCUGAUGUUGCGAACCUAAUUAGUUCCACAUUUGCUAGCUCCUUAGAGUUGGAGAAGCAGUUCGUCAGCUCUGUGUGAAGGCCUCGGCGACACCAGGUCUGAGCCACAGGCUGCAUGCAGGUCCUGUGCAGCAGCGCAGCUCACCACCUCCUGCCCGCCUCCAUACAGCUCUGUGUUAUUGUGUGACGUGUGAUUACUGUAAAGUUCCAGUUUGUCCAAGUUGAAACUGGUGAAGCAUCCGGGAGAACCCGUUAGAGUGCAGUGACAAAGCAGCUGCAUCCUGCACUAGAGCACCGCAUGUAAACUCUUCUUAAUGGUGUUUGGUCCUAAAAUACUGUCGGUGUUCUCAGAUGUGUUCUCUUGCCCACCAGGCUGAAUACCUGUUCUAGUUCUGCUGUAAAACUUCUCGUCUGUGCUCCUCUGGUAUUAACUGCAUGUUACUAUAAGAAUGAAAAUAAAUAUUAUAUAUAUAUUUCUAUAUAUAGUAUUUAUUUAAUAUAUGCAUUUAGACUGUACAUUUCUAAGGACAAAAGUUACAAAAUGUUGAUUUGCUUGAUGUGCAAUACUUAAGAAGUAGUUAGCCAUUGCCAGAGUCGGGUUCUCUUGGCUCCCACAGGGUGAAGAAUGUAAGAUGUUUUUUUUGUUGAUGUUUUUUUUUCUAUUGUGUGUUUACUGAAUAUACAGUGUGAUAUGACUGGUCAAAGUGUCCUCCAUGGUUAAUUAUCGGUCAAUCACAAGACAGAAAACCGAGCUUUUCAUGGUGGUUUAUCAUUAAAGUUAAAUUCACUUCCAACUUCAACUGGUAGACAGAACAUCCUCUGCAAGCAGAAAAAUGGGUCUGCAUGUAACAUGUGGGCUGACUGGAGAAGAAAGCUUACGAAAGGCAGCUCUAUCUGCAUUAUUUGAAGGUUAACAUUAUUUGAUUUGAUGGACAGAUUUAUGGAUUCACUUAUGAAAAGCAGCAUUCAAGAAGUGCAGCAGCAGUUUAAUAAAUUAAGCAUAAAGUAGGUUUUUUUAAGUUUAAUAAGAAGUUUUUACUAACUCAAUUUUCCAUUUUUAGUUGUUUCUUGCUUCAGUUUGCACAUUUCACCUGCUUUAACAUCAGCUCAAUUAUGCUUGUACUAGGACUAAAACAGAAGAAAAGAUGCAUCACGUUCCUUGGUAGAAAUAGUUUUAAAUCUACAAGAUUUUCACAAUUUAUACCAAGCAUGUCCCUAACUUAUUUUUGCUUAGACUUCUCUUAACCAAAAUGUGUUCAUGGACUGAAAAUGGUGGGAUUUUUUACUUUUGAUGUUCUUAGCAGCAGAAGACUUUGGUGCGAAACAAACGUAUGAAUUUAUGAAGGGUUGAAUUCACUCAACCGUCCAGGCUUUACUUUAUAUUAAUUAGUUUGAAAACCUCCCAAUUUAAAAAGUACAAAUGACAAUUUCUGCUAAACAUAAAGUGGGAAAUUGAUUGUACUUUUUUUUCUCCAGGAAGAGCGUUGCUGAAUGUAAAUGUUAAAUUGUGAUGAGCAGCCGACAGAAAACCUGAGGGGUUUUUGGAUCAUGGAAAUCAAAGUCAAAUCCAGAAUCCAAAACUACAGAUGUAAAGACAGAACAAGAACAGAAAUUCUCAUUUCGUCUCAAAAUGACUUUUGUAAUCAGAUUUCUGUCAUGUGAUCGACCCUUCAGACGUGUUCAAGCCAGUAUGUAUAAUCAUGAACGACUGUGAGGAGAUUUUGUCUUCAAGCUCUCUUUGUGUUCCACGACAGUGAAAAACAGGCCCAUUCCACAGUGUGUGUAUAUAUAUAUAUGAGUGAGUGCGUGUGUGUGUGGUCACGUGGCGAACAUUUUCCUGAUCAGCAAUAUAUUGCUAGAGUAAUAUCACUGGAAGAGGUUUUAUUUUGAUCCUGACAUGCUUGUAUUUUUAGUAACUUAACUGUGCAAGGUAGGAAUUUCAGGAUGUCAAUGAGAAGAUGAUGUUUCAUCUCUACAACUGAUCUGCAAAUUCUGCUUUGGCUACAAAGUUUUUUUGUGUUUGUUUUUUUUUUUAAAUCUGGAAUAUUACAAUUCAUCUCUGUUAUUGUUCUCACUGGCUGAGAAAGAGAGGGAAACAGUAAGGAGAUGCCAGGUGUAAGUAUUCCAGUUUUUGGAGGUUAAAAAAAGGUAUUUAUAGAUUAUGUACAGCUUUGGCAAUAUAAUAAAGUUGUCCUAAAUGAA